AAACAUACUUGUUUUCUUCUUUAAGCUAUGAAUCUUUCUACUUUUAUCAUCAACUUCAUAAUCGUUUCAUUUAUUUCAAAUACUUAUGGGGCAGAUCUUACAUCUUGUAAACUUGAUGCUAUAUAUCAAUUUGGCGAUUCGUUAUCAGAUACUGGAAACUCAAUAGUAGAAGUUCCUCAAGCUUAUCAUGCUCGAUUACCUUAUGGUGAAACAAUUGGUAAAGCAACUGGAAGACCUUCAGAUGGAUUGCUAAUGAUCGACUAUACAGCACAAUCAGCCGGUCUUCCUUUGCUUGAACCAUAUGAAAAUCCAAAUUCAACAUUCAGUCAUGGGGCAGAUUUUUCAGUGGCUGGUGUCACAGCUUUAUCAAAAGAAACUCUAAUGAAAUUAAAUCUUAGUCUUGGUUUUUCCAAUACUUCGCUUGAAGUACAAAUUGAAUCCAUGAAAAAACUUCUCUCAACCAUAUGUAACAACGCCAGAGAUUGUCAAGAGAAAUUGAAAUCUUCCCUUUUUAUUGUGGGAAUUGGAGGAAAUGACUAUGGUCGUGCAUUUCAGAGAGGUGACAGCGUUUAUGAAGUAAAUAAAACAAUCGUACCUUUAGUUGUGGCAGCCAUUGAAGAUUCUAUUCAAAAAAUAAUUAAUUUUGGUGCUCGUCGAAUCAUUGUUACCGGAUCCUACCCAAUAGGUUGCUCGCCAGCGUACUUGACAAUGUUUUCAAAUACUUCUACCACUAAAGAUUCAUUUGGAUGUUUGAAGGAUUAUAAUGAUAUAUUUUUUAAUCAUGGCGUUGGUCUUAAAAUAGCUGUCGAGAAAGCGACAAAAGCAAAUCCAAAUGUAACCAUUGUUUUCAGUGAUCUAUAUAAUGCAUUACUUUCGGUCAUCAAAGAUCGUUCAACUCUUGGAUUAACUUCAUAUCAAAAUGCUUGUUGUGGCACUGGAGGUAAAUAUAAUGUUACUCUAGGCCAACUUGAUAAGAUGUGUGGAGCUAAAGAUAUACCAGUUUGUCCGAAUCCUAAAGAAUAUUUAUUUUGGGAUGAAUGGCAUUUUACUCAUCAAGCUAACAAGGCUUUAUUUGAUUUUCUUUUAACGGAGAUGUUGCCUAAACUUCAGUGUACUAGUUGA